CCUAACGCUGCCGACAGAAGCCAGUUGAAGAUCACUCAGGUCGGAAAGCUCGACAAGCGUCCCCUCGAAGCUCCAAGAGACCACUCCCGAGUACUUGUGCUAAAGAAUAAGCUUCGCCAAAGGCCCGCCAGAGCGCCCACUUCACUGCUGGAACCAGCGCCAUUGGACUCCCGAAGACACCAUGAGGCUUUGGCUCCUUGCUUCGCUGUCCUUCAUCUUUGCAGUGGCUUUGCAGCCAGGUGAAGGAUCGGGAAUGGAACCUUGCUUUCUGAAAGGCGUGAGAAAGUGCGUCAAUUCUGCAGGUGAUUGCCAAGGGUCUAUUGCACGAGGCUUUUGAUUGCAAGAAUGACCAGAUAUGCUGUGUUAUGAGAGGAGUAAAAAAUGGUGUGAACACAUGCGAGAGAAAGGCCUCCAGGACUUGUGUCAGUUCAAAACGAGAGUGCAACGGUGUCAUCAAAAGAAAGUUCAUUUGUGACGGGAACGAUAUAUGUUGCGCACAGAAACCAACAACGAUGGCACCGCGAGGAUUAUCAGGCAAUGAUGUGAAACCCAAGAAACCGAAGCCACAAGAUUCAGAUUCAGACGAUCUCGGAAACAACGAGGGAAGAAAGCCGACGGCUUUGUCCAAGCCUGGACCCAGACAGGCAGUACCUCCAAUCAUCUGCCCACCAACGAAGAAAUGCACUAAAAAGCAAGGAAUAUGCCAACUAAAGUCCGAUCCCUGCCCUAACCCAAUCCCGAAGCUCUGCAAAGGAAAGAAGUGUGUCUGCUGCGUUCCUACUCAGCCUUCCACCUGCCAACAAACGAAGAAAUGCACCAAAAAGAAAGGAACAUGCCAAUUAAGCUCCGCCCCCUGCAAUGGAAAAAGAAAGAAGCUUUGCAAAGGAAAGAAGUGUGUCUGCUGCAUUCCCAAACCCACAACGUCUGCGCCAGUUACAACUACGAGAGCACCAAUCACCGCAGAGUCUCCAACAACAACAAUAACAAUGAAGCCUCCGACAACCCCCACACAGGCUCCGACAACAACUGCAGCACCUCCAACAGCCACUACACAGGCUCCAGCAACAACUGCAGCACCUCCAACAACUGCAGCACCUCCAACAACUGCAGCACCCCCGACAACUGCAGCACCUCCAACAACUGCAGCACCUCCAACAACUGCAGCACCUCCACCUCCAUCAGCUGCAGCGCCUCCAACAACUGCAGCACCUCCACCUCCAUCAGCUGCAGCGCCUCCAACAACUGCAGCACCUCCACCUCCAUCAGCUGCAGCGCCUCCAACAACUGCAGCACCUCCACCUCCAUCAGCUGCAGCACCUCCAACAACUGCAGCGCCUCCACCUCCAACAGCAGCAGCGCCUCCAACAACUGCAGCGCCCCCUCCCGGUCGAUAAGCCUGUACAACCCCCAAUUGCAGCGUCUUCUGGACAUCCAUGGCAAAAUGAGAAUCGUUCACUUGCUCUUUUCUGAUAGCCAGUUUUUUUUAUGACUUGAUAAUAAAAAGGCUUUGACUUGUUUGGCUGUUAUAUCUCAAGAGCUACAUUAUAUUAAAAAACUUUUGGAUUCUGUUAUCAAGACAAUAAAAUCUAUGCAAUGUAAUAA